AUGGCCUGGAGUUUCUGUGGGAAAGCCCAGCUCGGGGGACUGCUCCUCUCUCUCCUCGGCUGGGUCUGUUCAUGUGUGACCACCGCCCUGCCCCAGUGGAAGACCAUCAAUCUGGAUCUGAACGAAAUGGAAACAUGGAUCCUGGGACUUUGGGAGGUCUGAGUGAACCAGGAGGAAGUUGCCACUGUGUGCCGGGCCUUGGAGUCCUUCUUAUCUCUGUCCCAGGGGCUCCAGAUAUCCCACGCUGGGCUGGGAUUAUUGGGGCUUCUGCUCUCUGGCUUUGAGUCCGAAUGCUGCCAGUUUCACAGGAUCCAAAGGGUAUUUCAGAGGUUGCUUUGCAUUCUAGGAGGGACCGAAGUAUCAGCUUCAGCCACGACCAUCUUUCCAGUCUCCUGGGUGGCCUAUGCCACAAUCCAAGACUUCUGGGAUGACCGCAUCCCUGGGCUUGUGCCUCGGUGGGCGUUUGGAGAUGCCCUCUACUUGGGCUGGGCUGCUGGUAUUUUCUUGGCCCUUGGUGGAUUUCUCCUCAUCUGCUCAGCCUGCCUGGGAAAAGAUGUGCCCUCCUCCCAGGUGGCUGGUCCUAGCCCACUAUACCUCGGCCCAGCAGAAGAGUUUGACGGCUCCUUCCUUCUAAUCCCAAGAUCUAGGAACCUGUUCAUUAGGACCAGCUUCUGCCAAGGAAUCUCUGGAAUAAAGGAAUAUCAGUCGAUUCCUUUCUCUUCCUUACCCUUCAUCGCUCUGUAUUUGUUUGCCCCAUUUGGGGGUGGGGGAGGGAGUUGUCACUGCCCUAAUUGUUAA